GAAAGUAUGUUUUGACAUGCAUUAAAAGUUGGGGUAUGUAUUUUCUUAGCUACUUUUAGUUCGGGUAUGAAUAAGCCGUUUUCCCUACAACUCUAUAAGUUUGAUCUUCUCUUUGAUCAAAAAAAAAAAAUAAAAAAAAAAAUAAAAGAAGGUUUGAUCUUCUCAAAUCUCAAACCGGGUCACCGUCGUCGGGUUCCCGCUCUGUUUCCAGACCAAUUCUUCUUCUUCGUUAACUCCACAGUCGAUCCCUUGAAAAGACCGACUCGUUGUAGCUGCGAGUCUAAUCGGAAGAGCUCCUGAUAAAUGGAGAACGCCACACUCAUCACAAUUUUAGACCUAGUUAACGAAGGCCGUCCCAUCACCGGUGCAUCUUCCCUAUUCUAUUCAUCGUCUCCUCACCCUCAAUCAAGCCGUAAAUUUCUCGCACCGUUGAACUACCCGGCGGUCAUCGUCGGGACGCUAGCUCUCCCUUCCGAAACCCUAAAAUGUCCGAAUCGCUACUGCUUUCGGUUCACCGACGGCGUCUCGACGAUCUGCUGCGAUAUCAUCGGUUUCGAAAUUCGCGCGAUUGGGAGUACCAUACGUGUUCUCUCUUGGAAUUUCAUUCCCACGAAUCAUCACGGUGGGGGGGUUUUGGAGAUUAUCAAGUGGAGAUUCGUGGAGGAGAUGCUUUCUCGGUGUUCGUUUCCAUUGGUUCCUCCUCCUCCUCGGAUCUCAGUAGAGAAUGGUGGUGGUAAGUCACGGUAUAGCGUCCGUGGUGUGUUGGAGUCUGUUAGCCCUGUGUCUCUUGUUCCUUUGGGUUCUGAUGGUUCCGUAAACGUUCCUGUGAAGGGGUUUUUAGUAAAGGUAAUGGCUUGUGAGUGUAAAGAAUGUAGACGGAAGGAUGUGUUGGAUUCGGUUGACUGUAGUCACUGUUUUGACAAGGCAGUCUUCGUUUACUUCUGUGGUUCAGUUGCUGCGAGUUGGCACCCUGCUAUUGUGAAGCUAGUUGGAAGAAACAUUGCUCUAUCGGGGAUGAAGAAGAAGUUGGUAUAUAUAAGCAAAUGUGAUUCUCUGUUAGUGUUUGUGACCACUGAGAACUCUCUUCUUCAUUCACCUUGGAUUUCUAAGAAAGAUGAAUCUUUGAAAAGUGUUGUUGAUGGGCGAGGUAACUGCGGUUCCUACCUUGGAUUUGUCAACGGCUUGUACAUGAAAGGGAAGCUUGUUGAGCUGGAUGAAGAUGUCUGGCUUUUAUUGACGGAUCAGAUACAUAACAGAUCACACAGUAUCCGGACUGGUUCCCUUAUUUUUGUCAGAAAUGUUCAUUUUGUGAAUACCAAAUUUUCUUGGGGAAAAGUGCUUAUACUUGGGGCAUGUUGUAAGACCAGCAUCACAGUUGAGAAAUUUUCACCUUUUGAAACAAGUUGUCUUGUAGAUUCAUGUUUGCAGACAUCUCUUAGUCGAUUCGUUGAGUCUUUGUCCUUUCCUGCAAGAUUUUGGACACUACUUGUUAGUUCAUGCUUCCAGAACUUUGGCCGAAUGCCAUCAGACAAGGAAAGCUUGAGAUCAUGCCAGGAGGAUGAACUGACAAAGAUGUAUGCAGAGUCGCGAAUACCACCAUCCAUGUUUCAACCUAGGUGCGGGCUUUUUACUGAAUUCUGCAUGCAUGAAUCUUGCGGAUGCAAUAGUGAAGCUCGUGAUUGCAACCUAAAACUGGUCAUGCCUAUCUCAAGUUUUGUCCACCAUUACAAGGUCUUGCUGGAUGAAUUGCUUUCUCGGAUUAAGAAAGAUGACACCCAGUUUAUUGCUAGUAAUUGCUUAAUUCAGAAAAGAUACUGUCAUACAAAUGUGAAGAUUCUAAAAAGUGAAGAUAUUGGUGUUAUCUUGCUUGGAAGAUUGAAGGUUUCAGCUUCUGGAAUACUACAGUUGCAAGACAGAACUAGCAGCAUUAAUGUUCUGAUGCCAGACUUUCUAAGUGAUAGAAAUUCGUGCAGGAUAUAUGAGGUUUCUGAUUACAAUCUCAUUAUGGAAAUACCUGAAUCAAUGCGCCACAUCCCGUUUCUUCAAAAGCCACUUCACUGUAAAAUUUUGCUUGAUCCCACAUCAAUGGAUAGCGACAACGCCUUGACAGUGCCAUUUUCUCUAUCGUUUGGUGCUGCAAGCUGUAGAACUGCUCUCGUGGAUCAGUCUAUUGACUGGAGGCAUGAUCUCAAUGAGUUCAAAGGGGGCAGGUUUCACGUAUUUAGGGUGACACAUAAAUUUCCAAUUCUCAAAAAGGGUCUUCCAGGAAUGCCUGACUGCACCAGUGUUUUCAUCGAAGCUGUAAUCAUUCCAUGGGAACUCGUUUGCACUGUGACCGAAGAAGACGCAGCUGCUCCCCAAUUUGAUGAAAGCAAGACCUCCCAAGAAGAACAUCCACGUAAGAGAUGUAAAACUAAUAAUUCAUUAGGGAGUGAAAGAGUAUUGUCUGUACCGCAUGAAAUUUCCUGCGACAUGACCGUUCGAUGUGCAAGCAGUCAGUGGUCGGCCGUAGCAGCAACUCUGUCUAAUUUAAAGGAAAAGAAAAGUGGUAACAUGCGAAGUGUGAAGCGUUUGCUGUUAGAAUUCUUACCUGAAUGCAAAAACUAUAAUGGGUUGCAGAUUGGCGGUUUCUAUUUGAUGAAGCAUGACAUUGACGAUUCUUUUUGUUUUGGACGGUCCAGCAUAUCUAACAAUGAUAAAAUCAAUAUCAGACCCGAAUCACGUUUAUGGAGUCUGGAAUUUUCUUUUGAUGAAGUUUCAACCCAUGAUGGAUCUAUGGAUGUAUAUCCUCUGGUGUCUUCUCAACCAUCUCCUGCGGUGGAAAAACGAGAUGUUUCUUGUCCACAACGUUUUUCAGAUGUUUCGCUUCUUCUCCCUUAUGAUGCAAAAGCUCUCUUCUCAGUAUAUCUUAAGGACUUGGACGAACUGAACAAGCCAGUCGCAGUUGAAAAGGAUGGAGAUAAUACUCAGGGAGAGAUUAUCAUGCAUGCAGAGCCGUCUCAACCACCUAUUUCCAACAGCUUGUUUCCUGAGGGAAACCUAGCGACUUUCACGGGUGAUGUAGUAGCAGUUGACGCUGUUGGCUCGAGUGUCAUCAGCAGCUAUUGCAUUCAUGUUCGAGUCGAUUAUCAAAUUGUGAAGAUUUUUGGUCCACUUAGAAGGCACUCAUACCUCACUGGAUUUGGCCCUGGGGUGAAUGCAACAUUCUACCGGAUUCUUGGAACUAGAGAGGAAAGCAGGUUUCUCUUGUCAUCAGCAUCUUUUGUCAAAAUAAACUCACGAAAGGCAUUGAAUGGUCCAGCUUUAGACAAACCGACUCAUCAAACUGCUAUUGGUCUACCUAAAAUUAGACCUCAAGAAUCCUCAGAACACAAGGAUAAUCUGCAAAUUAACUUUGUCUGCAAGGUUCUUUCAGUUCAUCUUCUGGUUCUCCAAGUGGAAUCUGAUGAUCCUUCAGAAAACAAAUGUGGGGAAAAUAUAGAUAUACCGCUUGCAGGAUUUGUGGUAGAUGACGGAUCAUCAACUUAUCUUUGCUGGACGAGUGGGGAAAGAGCAUUUACAUUUCUUAGGCUGCACGAAGAAUUGCCUGAAGAAGCCAUUGAUGUGGACCAGUGGAUCAGAAGCGACAGCAGCCGGAGCGCAACAGCUUACCAUCUUGAGAAAAUAGUUUGGGUUCACAAGAGAAUAGUGAUUAAGGUCAAUGGAUCACAAAAUGAUGCCCUUUUUCAAAACCUCACCAUUGAUGUUGCUUCACAACAACUUCUCGCCGAGUCUGAGGAUAAUUUCCUCAAGUGGUUGAUACUAAAUGCCACUAGCGGCCCCAUGUGGGAUGUUACGGCGAGCUCAAUGGACAUGAAAAUGAUUCAACAUGUGGAGAGAGAACAGUGUGUGGAGAUGGAAGCUUCAGGGCUUACACGUCGGAACGUUUGGGGCAAUGAAAUAUGUCAAGUGGAUACGUUGGUCCGAGCUUGGAGCUUACUCCAAGGUUUGCUAAUUACGUGAUCGUCAUUUUUUCAGGACAAUGAAUCAGCCCGAAAUUAAUUCUUUUAUUUUAGUUUUUAUGGUUUAAUUCAUUUAUUUUUUCUUUGAUCAUCUUGUCUUUGUGAUCAGUCACAUACUUAUUGUCACAUACAUUGUUUGCUAAAUCGACAGACUUAUUGUUUGAUAACGCAAUGAGAGAAGAAAUUAUACGCAGUAAGCGGUAUACAUCAGGGUGAUUCACUAUUUCCUUUCCUAUU